AUGGGAUAUCCAUCCACUGGGUAGAGGGUUGGCUGUCCAUCGAUGUUCUCCGCGAUCGAUCGUCACGUACUGGAGGACCACUGGGAGGAGCAGGCGCAGGCGCGAUCGAGCGCGAUCGGAGGCGUCGAACGCAGCGGAGCGGGGAGAGUCCGAGACGGCGGCCAUGAGCCUGGCGGAGAACCGGCCGUCGAGGAAAAAUGCCGGCAACCGCAUGUCGCGGCUGCUGGAGGCCGAGGAGGACGACGACUUCUACAAGACGACCUACGGGGGCUUCCACGAGGAAUCGGGAGACGAUGAGUACAACACGGAUCAGUCCGAGAGCGAGGAUGAGGUGGACUCGGACUUUGACAUCGAUGAGGGGGAUGAGCCGACCAGCGACCAGGAGGAUGAGGAGCCCAGGCAGAAACGGCGGGUCAUCACAAAGGUGUACAAGCCCCCGCCGCCUCCCCCAGGCGGGCGUAAGUCAGUGCGCCAGUCGACGACGGAGCACACCCGGCUGACCUACCUGCGGGUGCAGGAGCGGCAGGUGCAGCCGCGGCGCCUGCGGCGCGCCCCCCACGCCGAGAGCCGGCCGCUCAGCCAGGAGGAGCUGCUGGCCGAGGCCCGGCUCACCGAGGAGAUCAACCUGCGCUCGCUGGAGAACUACGAGCGGCUGGAGGCCGACAAGAGGCGACAGGGGCUGAAGAAGCGGCAGUGUGCCGGGCCCACCGUCCGCUUCCACUCGCUCACCAUGCCCCUGAUCACCGAGGUCACCGUCAAGGAGGAGACGGUGGACGUUGAGGGCCUGGAGCCCCCCUCCUCAGGCCGGGAGGGCCCCACGCUCUCCGUCCUGGCCCCAGUCGGCCGCUGCCUGCGGAACCUGGUCACCUUCAGCGACGACGCCACCUUCGAGCGGUUCUUCCCGCCGCGCGCCGCCCCCCCCCGGGUCCCCGCCCGCGAGCUCUGCCCGGUCACCCACCGGCCGGCGCUCUACCGCGACCCCAUCACCGACAUCCCGUAUGCCAGCACCCGCGCCUUCAAGAUCAUCCGCGAGGCCUACAAGAAGUACAUCACGGCGCACGGCCUGCCCAGCCCGGCGACGGGCACCGGCAGCGCCCAGCUGGAGGCUGGCGCCCGCGGCCGCCAGAAGAUCAUCAUCAAGCAGGCGGUGCCACCAAGCUGACCCUCUUGGCAAUCCCCCGCCUUGCUGUCCCUGUCCCUGGGAUGGGGGGUGUACAGUGUAGAGGGAGCUUUACUCUGUAUCUAACCCCGUGCUGUCCCUGUCCCUGGGAUGGGUGUACA